AUGCAUUCCGCUUUCCCCACAUUUGGCUUCUCCCUCGACGGCGGCCAUCAGCCAAGCACCUCCAACCUCGCCUCGACAUCGGCCGCACUGCCCGCAUCUCAAGCGGCUCUCAUCCACGCCCACACUGGCACCUCUGCACCUUGGACAUCAUCUCAAGAUCAAGCAACAGCCGCAGCUCCGUGGCUGGUAGGUCAGCUCGGCCUCGCCAGCGCGCCAGCCGCCUCCCCUUCAGCCAACGUCUCCACCUCUGCAGCGCCAGCCUCUACAUCCGCACCCCAGCUUCCCAGGCCCAAGCUCAAGAAACCUCGAAGAUCCAAGCAUAGCGAGACUGCAUCGUUAUCCAAGAAGCGCAAAAGCGCAUCUCGAGCGGCGGAUGAUGGUGAUGAUGCGAACAAUGUGGAGGAGGAUGAUAUGAUGGAUGUGGAUAUGGAUGCGGAAGAGGCGGGACUGGAUGCGCAGUCGGUGACGGGGACUCCUUCCAAAGCUGCCAGCAAGCGAAGAGAUGGCAACACAACAAAGGGAGGAAGAAAGAAGCAGACGCGCAAGAGCAAGGCAGGUGUGGACGGUGCAGCAGGAGCAGGAGCAGGGUUGUCGUUGCCUUCUGCGUCGGGUGCUGCAAGGAUGGGUGGUGCUGCUGGCUCAGCACACGCUUCAGCCUACACUAUAGCCGCCGCAUUCAGACGGCCCAAAGCCAGCGAUGUCCGAGCUCAUCGAGAAAGAGAGGCCAGUACGGCUGCUGCAGGAGCUACGAGAGAGGGAGGCACAGCUGGCGAUGGCGUACAUGCGGGCACGAAUGCGACGGCAGCGCAAGAAGAUGAAGAGGAGGUGGUGGAUGAUCUGGAAGAAGAGGAAGAUGAGGAGGAGGAAGAUGCGGGUUUGGUGCAGGAGGAAGCUCAGAGACAAGCUGAGCUGAGCGAAGCUAGAAAGAGCGUCCUCGGGUGAGUUGAUAGGAGGGCCCUGUAGCACCGCAAAUGCCUCAGAGGCGUUUGCUAACUGGCGAUGGGUUUGUGUACAGCGCGAUGAUGCAGAACAUGACGGCCGAGCAGCUGGAUCGAUUCGAGGCGUACAGCCGAACAGCCAUCAGUCGACCAAACAUGAAGCGCGUGAGUUGGAGAAUCGGGCUGGAGCUUGUAGCUGCUCAUCAUAGCUGACUGGCUUCACUCUGUGUACCUGCCCUCUCUCUGAUCCAGCUGGUCAAUCACAUCCUUCAACAAUCCGUAUCUGACCAGAUAGCCACAAUUUUUGCAGGAGCAGGCAAGAUCUUUGUAGGCGAAAUCGUCGAGCUGGCUCGCGAUAUUGCCAGUAGAGACCAGGAGUGGCUUCAGUUGUCUGAACAGAACCACCAAGCGCAGGGCGCUAAUCGUGAACCGGCCACCGCACGAUCUACGAUGAGACACACGAACGAUACUCACGGCAAAGACAACGUGGCAUUGGCACCUCAUCAUCUGAGGGAGGCUGCGCACAGGUACAGAGCCAUGAGGGAGCGACCUGGACAUUAUGCGCCUGCUGGAGGAGCACCUGGACUCGGCAAGCGCCGCACCAUCUUCUGA